CCUCCUUCUCAUCCUCUGACUUCUUCUUCUUCUCCUCCUCUUUUUUCUUUUUUUUACUUAUUCUCCUUCUCCUUCUUUUUCUCCUUCUUCUACUUCUUUUCCUUCUCCUACUUCUUUUACUUCUUCUCUUUCUCCUCCAUCUCCUCAUCCUUUUACUUUUUUUUCUUCUUCUUUUCCUCUACUUCUUUUGCCUCCUUUGACUUCUUCUUCUUCUUCUCCUCUUCCUUCUCCUCGUUUUACUUCUUUUUCUCCUCCUCCUUCUCCGCCUCCUCCUUUUACUUCUCUUUCUCCUACUCCUCCUUCUUCUCCUACUUCUUUUACUUCUCCUCCAUCUCCCCAUCCUUCUCUUUCUCUUCUUUUCCUCCUUUUACUCCUUCUUCUCUUCCCUCUCCUCUGCCUCUUCCUCCUCCAUUUUCUCCUCUUACUUGUUCUCCUCCUCUUCCUUCUCCUCAUUCUACUUCUUUUACUUGUUUUCCUUCUACUAUAUCUUCUCAUCCUUCGCCUUUUUUUCCUUCUCCUUUUUCUCCUUCUUCUCCUCCUUCUUUUCCACCUUCCUUUCUCCCUCCACUACCACCUCCUCCUCCUCCUUCACCUCCUCUUCCUUCUAUUUUUUUUCUUCUUUCUUCUCUUCUUUUUUCUCCAACUUUUUCUCCUUCUUCUCCAGCCUUCAUGCUCUACCCGCUUUUUCAUUUUACUCCAUUUUUUCCUCGUUUUCCUCGUCUCCUUGCUUCUUUCUCUAUUCGGCAAUCUCAUUGUCAUUUCUACAACGAUACAUGCCUGCACGUUUUGGCAACUCAGGUGGUUGCCAGAACAUGGGCCGGCCCUGAUACAAUCACUUUUGACGCUAACAUUUAG